AUGUUGAAACAUAAAACAGCACGUUUCUUGAUGACCAUGCAUUCUGCUUUGGGAUGCAAAAAAACGAAUACAACAAACAUUUCAUUAUUCUUGCAGAAGAAUAGCAUGCAAUUAUUUAAAAACCCGAUGAAUGGCGUAAUUGCUGAAUAUUCAAAGAGUUCAAUCAAGAAAAAGAGUCUUAAAGACACUCCUCCGAGCCAUCAUCAUCAUGAAAAGAAAGCAUCAAUUUCCGAAAAUUUGGCUUGUAGCAAUGAAAAUGCAGAGUUGCUCAAGAAUUUAACUAUAAAUUCUCAUCCUGAUGGAGAUUUUAAUACAUAUGAACAAGAGGCCAUCGUCUCAGAACAGCAUCAUGAUAUCAAAUAUACAAAAGAAGAAGAAACUGGAACACUUCAAGCUCCUCCUGGACUCUAUGUUGUAGCCACUCCCAUCGGAAAUAUGCAUGAUCUAUCAGAGAGAGCCAGACACAUUCUAAAAUCAUCACAAAUGAUUGCUUGUGAGGAUACACGAACCACUAGGAAACUUCUUCAUUUUCAUUCUUUAGAAUCCAAUCCACCUCAACAUUUAAUAAGUUUUGUCGAAAAUAAGAACGCUACUGAAAUUUAUAGUCAAUCCAGAAAACAUUUAAAUUCCAUUUUGAGCAAAUUAACCUCCUCAAGUCAUGUAGUCUCUCUUGUGAGUGAAUGUGGAUCUCCCUGUAUCAGUGAUCCAGGUUGGAUGUUGGUGAAGAGUUGUCAUGAGCAUGGUAUACCAGUGUAUUCCGUACCUGGCCCUUCUUCCAUUAUUACAGCACUCAUGAUUAGUGGUUUCAAUGGCAAUCGAUUUAUCUUUGAAGGUUUUUUACCAACCAUUCCCAAAAAAAGAAGAAAAUUAUUGCAAGAAAUGAAACAAAUCCAAGGAAAUCGUUGUUUAGUAUUCUUUGAAAAUCCAAAUAGAAUCAAACAAACUCUACAAGAUUGUUUGGAAAUAUUUGGACCUCAACGACAGAUUGCUUUGUGUUUUGAGCUGACCAAAUUAUUUGAAAGAGUUCAAAGAGGAAAGCUUUCAACGAUUGCAAGAGCAAUGAUGAACGAAGAUAUUAAGGGUGAAUGCACCAUUAUUAUUGCACAAGAUGAGGAAAAGGACCAAAUUAUGGAAGAUUAA